AUGGCUGUGACGAGGUGUGUGCUUAGGUGGGAGUUGAUGGCUGUGACGAGGUGUGUGGUGGGGUGGGAACUGAUGGAAGAGAUGAAGGCCUGGAGAGGGGAGGAAGUCGUGAGCGAUGAGGAGGGGAUUAUUUGUUCCCCCUUCACACACGGGUCUCACUAA